AGCCAUUUUGGCUCAAGCCAUUUUGGCUCAAGCCAUUUUGGCUCAAGCCAUCUGGCUCAAGCGUUCGCACGGUCGUCGCCCCGUGUCCUGGCUCAAGGGUCCGCCUCUGGCGAAAGCCUAUCGGCGCGGCCCUUCGCCCGUGGCGCGGAUGGCGACGCCCAGAGGGGCUUGGUCGGCCCGCGACGCCGCCCUCCUGGUUGAGGCGGCGGUCCGCGGGGCCGUCUCUGCGAGUGCGCCGCGGCGCACGGUCGCGGCUGUGGCGCGGUCGGCUGUGUCGGCCACCCUUUUCGGGGUGGGCCGCGGGGCCGUGGGCGCCGUGCCGCCGCCGCCCGCUGCUGCUGCUGGUGCUGCUCGCCCUGAUCCUCCUGACCGAGCUGGUGCUGCUGGGGCUGACCCUGCGGCGCGAGCCGCGAAGCGCCGCCGCCGCCGCCAGCGCCGUGCUGCGCGGCGCGCGGCCGCCCAGGAGGAGAACAACAUGGUCGUGGAGGAGGUGCCCGCUGGGGUGGUCGCUGGAGCUGCCGCUGGUGCUGCUGCUGCUGCGGCUGCAGCGGCGGCCUCCGCCGACGACGACAUGGACGUCCUCGAGGACGAGUGGGCGGACGACGUUCGUCGGGCCGCCUCGGGUGCGGCGGCGGCGGAUCCCGCUGGAGUGGGAGGAGCUGCCGCCCCUGCCUGGCCGCGGAGGCGCAGGCGGAGGCCCGAACCCGCCCCUGGGCGCGAGGGCCGGUGGGUCGUGGACGCGGAGGGCGCUGGCGCGGCCGGCGCGGCCGCGGGCACGGGGCUGGCACUCGCGAGGGACCCGGGGGCGAAGGGGCAGGCGGACGCGACGGUGGCGGCGGCGGAGCCUGGCGGCGGAGCUGCUGCCUCGGGCGCGGCGACGGGGGCGGCGGCUGCCCUCGAGGACGCGUUCGCCGCGGCGGACGGCGUCCUGCGGAGGGCGGCCGAUUGGCGCCCCGAGGCGAGCGACGACCUUCGGCGCUUGCUGGAGGCCGUCCGCUGGCACCCCGCCUAGGCCCAGAUGGGGAGUGCCUUCGGUGGUCUGGGCCUUUUCAGGCUCGGCACGGGGUGGAUGGUGGCUCGCGUGGCCGCCUCACCUGACGGCGCACACCCACGCGGCGUGGCGAGCGCGCUGCUUCUUGGAGGCCGCUGUUUGCGGUGCCUCCUGGCCGCAUUUUGCGGCUCUCGCCUUCUUGGCGGCAGGAUCGGUUCGUGCUGCACGGGCUGCCUUGGCAUUUAAAAAAAAAGUGGC